AUGGAGCUAAAAUGUGGAAAAGAUUACCACACUUCUUUUGACGUUGAGAACUAUUUGGAUUUUUACAGAGAACCCAAGUUGAAUGAAUUCCAAUAUGUGGCGCGUCACGAAUUUUGGUCAAGGCUAGCGCCUAGAAAGAAUUUGAGGGUUUUAAACUUUGGCGGCGGACCAGUGAUUUCAGAUCUCAUCAGCGCCGCGCCUUUUGUCGAAGAAAUCAUUUUUGCCGAGUACAGUGAGAGAAAUCGGCAAGCCGUGGAAAAAUGGCGACAAAAUUUGCCAGAUUCGCACGAUUGGUCUGCACAUUUCAGGUUUAUUGUGGAAAAUCUGGAGGGCAGGUCAGGUGAAGAAGCCGCUAUUCGAGAAUCGGAGCUGAGAAGAAAGAUAACACAUAUUCUACCAUGUGAUAUUGAGUGGGAUAAUCCAGUGAAAUGGCCUUCGUCUUGGGAGUCGCAGUCCGCCAUGUUUGAUGUCGUGACAACAUCCCUGUGCCUAGAAGCUUGCGUGACAUCUAAAGAAAGCUAUCGUCACGCAAUUGGUAAAUUGAAGAAGUACCUUAAACCAGGUGGACAUAUUGUAAUGUAUGGUGUUAUGGAAGAGACCUAUUAUUUGGUUGGCCAAGAACGAUUUUAUUGCUUUCCACUGACUAGGAAUUUGAUUGAAGAGACAUUAGCUAGUGAGGGAUUCAAGACGUUUAAUGAGAUAAAACUGCUGGCUGUUUCUCUGGAAGCUUAUUGUGAUGCAAAAGAAAUAUUUUUUGCCACAGCAACUCUUGAAGAGGUCUAG